GGGCUGAGCAGCGUGGCUCCCGAGGGGAGGGAGUUGGUGGGCAGCGGAGGAGACAAUAGCGGACAUGCUGUGUGGGCUCAGCCGGGAGACCCCUGGAGAGGCUGACGAUGGGCCUUACUCCAAAGGAGGCAAGGAUGCAGGAGGGACCGAUGUGGCCCUGGCGUGCCGCAGACAGAGCAUUCCAGAGGAGUUCCGUGGGGUCACCAUGGUGGAGCUGAUCAAGAAGGAAGGCAGUACACUGGGCCUGACCAUCUCAGGUGGCACCGACAAGGAUGGGAAGCCCAGGGUCUCCAACCUGAGACCCGGGGGGCUCGCUGCCAGGAGUGAUCUGCUGAACGUGGGUGACUAUAUUCGGUCAGUGAAUGGGAUCCAUCUGACCAGGCUCCGCCAUGAUGAGAUCAUCACCCUGCUCAAGAAUGUGGGCGAGCGCGUGGUGCUGGAGGUGGAGUAUGAGCUGCCCCCGCCCGCCCCUGAGAACAGCCCAGGGAUCAUCACAAAGACCGUGGACGUCUCCCUGUACAAGGAGGGCAGUAGCUUUGGCUUUGUCCUCAGAGGGGGUGCCCAUGAAGACCUACACAAGACCCGUCCACUCGUUCUGACCUACGUCCGGCCCGGCGGCCCCGCUGACAGGGAGGGCUCCUUGAAGGUGGGGGACAGGCUGCUCAGCGUUGAUGGGAUCCCGCUGCACGGGGCCAGCCAUGCUUCUGCCCUUGCCACACUGCGGCAAUGCAGCCACGAGGCGCUCUUCCAGGUGGAGUAUGAUGUGGUCAUCCCAGAUACUGUGGCCAAUGCUUCGGGGCCCUUGAUAGUGGAGAUAACCAAGACGCCUGGGUCAGCCCUGGGGAUCUCGCUUACCACUGGCUCCCACCGGAACAAGCCAGUCAUCACCAUUGACCGCAUCAAGCCGGCCAGCGUGGUGGACAGGAGUGGGGCCCUGCAUGCCGGAGACCACAUCCUGUCCAUCGACGGCACCAGCACGGAACACUGCUCGCUGCUUGAGGCCACCAAGCUCCUGGCCAGUGUGGUGGAGAGAGUGCGGCUGGAGAUCCUGCCUGCACCCCAAAGUCGGCGGCCCCUGAAGCCCUCAGAGGCAGUGAAGGUGCAGAGGAGUGAGCAGCCACACCGCUGGGACCCCUGCGUGCUCUCCUGUCAUAGCCCCCGGCCCGGCCACUGCAGGACGCCCACCUGGGCCACACCUGCUGGCCAGGACCAGAGCCGAUCCUUGUCCUCGACUCCCUUUUCCUCGCCGACCAUGAAUCAUGCCUUUCCCUGCACCAACCCCAGCACUCUUCCCCGUGGAUCCCACCCCAUGAGCCCUCGGACCACAAUGGGAAGGAGGAGGCAGCGAAGAAGGGAACACAAGAGCUCGUUGUCACUGGCCUCCAGUACAGUAGGGCCUGGGGGACAGAUCGUGCACACGGAGACCACGGAGGUCGUGCUCUGCGGAGACCCCCUCAGCGGCUUUGGCCUCCAGCUCCAGGGAGGCAUCUUCGCCACCGAGACCCUGUCAUCCCCUCCCCUUGUGCGCUUCAUCGAGCCUGACAGCCCUGCAGAGAGGUGUGGGCUGCUGCAGGUGGGGGAUCGGGUCCUGUCCAUCAACGGUAUUGCCACCGAGGACGGGACAAUGGAGGAAGCCAACCAGCUGCUGCGGAACGCGGCGCUGGCCCACAAGGUCGUGUUGGAGGUCGAGUUUGAUGUGGCAGAGUCCGUCAUCCCGAGCAGUGGCACCUUCCACGUGAAGCUGCCCAAGAGGCGUGGUGUGGAGCUGGGCAUCACCAUCGGCUCGACCAGCAGGAAGCGAGGAGAGCCCCUGAUCAUCUCUGACAUCAAGAAGGGCAGUGUGGCACACAGGACCGGCACCCUUGAGCCGGGUGACAAGCUGCUGGCCAUCGACAACAUCCGCUUGGACAACUGCCCCAUGGAGGAUGCUGUGCAAAUCUUGCGGCAGUGCGAGGACCUGGUGAAACUGAAGAUCCGGAAGGACGAGGACAACUCUGAUGAGCAAGAGACCACAGGUGCCAUCAGCUACACAGUGGAGCUGAAACGCUACGGGGGUCCCCUGGGCAUCACCAUCUCGGGCACAGAGGAGCCUUUUGACCCCAUUGUCAUCUCAGGCCUCACCAAACGUGGUCUAGCUGAGAGGACUGGCGCUAUCCACGUUGGGGAUCGUAUCCUGGCCAUCAACAGUGUUAGCCUCAAGGGCCGGCCUCUUAGUGAGGCCAUCCAUCUCCUGCAGGUGGCUGGCGAGACUGUCACCCUGAAGAUCAAGAAGCAGCUAGACCGGCCCCUCCCACGACGCAAGUCGGGCAGCCUCAGCGAGGCCAGUGAUGCAGAUGAGGAUCCACCCGAGGCACUCAAAGGAGGCCUGCUGGCAGCCCGGUUCUCACCCGCUGUCCCCAGCAUGGACAGCGCUGUGGAGUCCUGGGACAGCUCGGCCACAGAGGGUGGAUUUGGGGGCCCAGGCUCCUACACUCCACAGACAGUGGCUCGGGGCGUGACCCCCCAGGAGUGGCGGCCCAGCCGGCUGAGAAGCAGCCCCCCACCCACUGAACCCCGGAGGACGAGCUAUACCCCGGCCCCCACGGAUGAGAGCUUCCCCGAGGAGGAGGAAGAGGACUGGGAGCCACCAACUAGCCCAGCCCCCGGCCCUGCCCGUGAGGAGGGCUUCUGGCGCAUGUUUGGGGAAGCGCUCGAAGACCUGGAGUCAUGUGGUCAGUCAGAGCUGCUGAGGGAACUGGAGGCAUCCAUCAUGACGGGCACGGUGCAGAGUGUGGCCCUCGAGGGCAGACCCAGCCACCAGCCCUGGCGGAGGGGCCAGGAGGUACAAGCGUCCCCUGAAGAGAUGCAGGAGCUGUUGCUGCCGACACCCUUAGAGAUGCACAAGGUGACCCUACACAAGGACCCCUUGCGGAAUGACUUUGGUUUUAGCGUCUCUGAUGGCCUCCUGGAGAAGGGUGUCUAUGUCCACACUGUGCGCCCUGAUGGGCCAGCCCAACGUGGUGGCCUCCGGCCCUUUGACAGGGUCCUUCAGGUCAACCACGUUCGCACGCGGGACUUUGACUGCUGCCUGGCUGUGCCGCUCCUGGCGGAGGCAGGCGACGUCCUAGCACUGGUCAUCAGCCGCAACCCUCUGGCACAGAGCAGCCGAGCCCCACGAGCACCGGGCCCCAGCAGCCCCCGGAUGCUCUGAAGUCAGCACAUGGUCUGGACACCCCAGGGGCUGCUGGAGUAGAUCCUGGCCGCCAGACCUGUAACUGGGCUGGAGACCUGGCCGCUCACUCAUCCAUCUGUUCAUCUGGCAGGCUCUGAGCCACGGACGGAAUCUGUCUCUCUUCUCCGGUUCUGCGGUCCCUGCCCCAGUUGGAGUGACAUCUAGGUCUUUCUCCAUGUUGGGACUCCCAGGAUGCCCAGAGGAGCCCCACUCAGUAGGAGUUGAAAAAGGCUGCUCAGCUGGGAGAAGAGGAGCCUAGGAGCUAGGGAGCCCAGCUCAUUGGGAGUGUUUUCUCCCAGCAGAGCUGUAUAGUUGCAGAGGAGGAGUGAGCUCCCUGUCACAGAGGUGAGCAAGUUGGAACUUGAUAUCCCCGGUGCAAUCACGGACUGAGGUGUGAGGCGUCUGGGCAAUGGGUCCACACAUGCUCAGGUAGUUAGUUGCCCCACAGGGGGAGCAUUUAGGGUGUGGCUGGGGGGGCAAUUUUUCUGGACAGCCUCCCACCAAGAGGGAUGCCACUCAGAGUGGGAGCCUAGCCCCUUCCCUUCUCCAGAAUUCUGGUGUUUGGGGUUUGCUGGCUUCCCCACUUAAGAGGCUCUUGAGCUGGGGUGACUGAAUUCCAGGAAUCAUCAGCUUAUUGAUUCUGAAAGUGAGUGAUUCAUUUCCACCUCUCUGGUCUGAAGCCUCCAGGAUUUGAGACCUGCAGUUCUUCGCCCUUUGGGCCAGCUUGGUGUCAGGCUUUGGGCUCUCAGCCCCUCCUGCUUUUGUUGGAGGUGUAGGCACAGAUCUAUAUAAAUAUACCCCUCUCAGGCCAGGCCCCUCGCGAUCUGAGGGAGUCAUCUGGGACAAAAGACCUAGGAGUUUUUAUUCACCUGCCAUUUCAGUGGAGAUGGGAAGACCAUAGAGGUAUCACAUGGAAGAUGACAUAUGUCCUCUCCAAUCUUCAAUCCCAUGAAGGAGGAGAGACGCAGAGAGGGAGGCCCAGAGGCAAAGGUAGGCAGGUAGGAGAGAGGUGAGCCAUUCUCACGCCCAAAGGUGACAGUGUCCAAAGGGGCCAUUUAAGAAGUUUAUUCCCACUUGAAAUCUGGAACACCAGCAUUCCUUAAAGUCAUUGUCCUCCUUUUCCACAGACCAGAAACCUUUUUGAUUUUGAGAAGGGCAGAGGCCUGCACCUGGUGGUCUGGGCUGCAGCCCCAGAGAUGGAAGUGGGCAGUCUGGAUCCCCAGGUCAGGUCUGGGGAUUUGCUUUGCUCUGAAUGGGGGUCUCAGGAAAAUGGGGCAUCAACUCCCAUCUGCAUCCUCCAUGCUGUGGAGUCAAGAGGCUUGUUCUUUUUGCUCUGGGUUGCAGCUUGCUCGCUCUGUGACCCCUCCCCCUUGGUAUGACCCUCUCUGGACAAUCUAGGGGAGGAUAGUCUCUGAGCAGGUACGGGCCUCCCUGUCACGGCCGGAACCAUGCCCACAGGGCACCCUGCCCACUCUCUGCCCAAGGGCCUGCAUUCCCUUGUCUUCUCCCUCCACUUCCCCGCUCCCUGCCUUCCCUGGGGAGCCUUCCAUGCCAGGGCUGGACUGCCCAUUGCCUCUGCUAUUGUGGAUUCCUGUGUAAACACCCGCCCCGGGGUGAAAGGGCACUGCCUUCCUCCCCAGCAUAGGGGCACCGAACAAAAGCCAAGGGCCCUCAGCUUGGGGGCCACAGAGACAUGGCCACUGGAAGCUGCAGCUGUGUGAGCUUGGGCAAGUUGCCCAGCCUCUCUGGGCCUCUGGCAAGGGAUGGGGCUGGACAGUCCACACUCCCAGGGCCUCUCAGCUCAGGAGAACUGCGUUCGACUGCGGGUGAGGGAAGCAGUAGCCCCCCCCCCCCCCGACUGGUGGCCCCCUGCCUCCUCGGGCUGAGGCCUCUGCCAUCCCCCCUGAUGUAUGCAACCAGGCCACCAGUGGCCCCUGGCGUGGCCAGCCUUCUCAUAUGCAAUAUUUCCUCUGGCUUCUCAUGGGGACCAUUGAUCCCAGACUUGACAUGCCCCGAUGCCCGUCCCCGUUGAGCAUCCUGCCUGCCUAUGCAUUUUGGGUACAGCUCCUGUGACCUUCCCCUUCCACCCCCAAAAGCUGUAUUUUUCUCUGGCUGAGAUUAGAGCAUAUUCCUUGUAAAGUAUUUUUCUACAUGGGGUUUUCUUAGGGCUCUCGGGAAGCACAUGCCAAGGGGCUGCAUUGCCAAGGCCAUUUGGGGUCUGGGGCCCGUGUAUAAAUCUGUUCUGCAGGGGCUGCAGGGACUUAGGAGCUGGGGGUGGGUGAGGUGCUGUUGGAAUGGUUUUUUUUUUAAUAAAAUUAUUUAAAUGCA